GCCCCCAGGCGGCGGAUGCUCUCCUCAUCCAGAUCCCACUGCUCCGCCAUUCCCGCCUGCCGCUCACCUGCCGCCGCCCGCGAGAUCUCCCCGCCCACGCCAGACCCCGCCCCUCGAGCUGCCCCGACCACCUCCCGGCCCCGCCCCCCGCGCGUGACGCGGCUCUCCCGGGGGCCGUUAGUGCCUGGGUCACGCGGCCGUCCGCCCGCCCGAGGAGUCGCGACCAUGGAGGAGACUGGCAUGUCUCAUGAAUCCGCAGAAGAUUUGUUUCAUUUCAAUGUGGGAGGAUGGCAUUUCUCAGUCCCCAGAAGCAAACUCUCUCAGUUUCCAGACUCCUUGCUGUGGAAAGAGGCUUCAGCCUUGACCUCUUUAGAAAACCAGAGGCUUUUCAUCGACAGAGAUGGUUCCACAUUUAGGCAUGUACACUAUUACCUCUACACCUCCAAGCUCUCCUUCUCCAGUUGUGCAGAACUGAACUUGCUCUAUGAGCAAGCACUGGGUUUGCAGCUGAUGCCUUUGCUGCAGACUCUAGAUAAUCUGAAGGAAGGGAAACACCACCUCCGUGUGCGGCCUGCAGAUAUACCUGUUGCUGAGAGAGCAUCUUUGAACUACUGGCGAACCUGGAAGUGUAUCAGCAAACCCUCAGAAUUUCCAAUAAAAAGCCCAGCCUUCACAGGCCUACAUGACAAGGCACCUUUGGGGCUCAUGGACACACCACUUUUAGACACAGAAGAGGAAGUGCACUACUGCUUCCUGCCCUUAGACCUGGUGGCCAAGUAUCCAAGCCUAGUGACUGAAGACAACCUGCUGUGGCUGGCUGAGACUGUGGCCCUGAUCGAGUGCGAGUGCAGCGAGUUCCGCUUCAUUGUGAAUUUUCUCCGUUCACACAAGAUUUUGCUACCAGAUAAUUUCUCCAACAUAGAUGUGUUAGAAGCUGAAGUGGAAAUUCUAGAAAUUCCUGAGCUCACGGAAGCUAUACGGUUGUACCGGAUGAACAUGGGUGGCUGUUCCCGGACCUCCUGUCCUCCCCCAAGCCCUGGAAAGGGGGUGCGUGCAGCCGGUCUGGAGUCUGUGAAGCCACUGUACAUGAUGGCCCUUGGUCUGCUGGUCAAGUACCCAGACUCUGCGCUAGGACAGCUCCGCAUCGAGAGCACGCUGGAUGGAAGCAGACUGUAUAUCACAGGGAACGGAGUUCUCUUCCAGCAUGUCAAGAACUGGCUGGGGACUUGCCGGCUUCCCCUGACUGAGACCAUUUCCGAAGUGUAUGAACUCUGUGCCUUCCUGGACAAGAGGGACAUCACCUAUGAGCCAAUGAAAGUGGCUCUGAAGACUCAUCUGGAACCAAGGAGUUUGCCACCCAUGGAUGUGCUUAAUGAGUGGACAGCAGAGAUUACUGUGUAUUCCCCACAACAGAUUAUCAAAGUUUAUGUUGGAAGCCAUUGGUAUGCAACCACCCUGCAGACCCUGCUGAAGUAUCCAGAACUGCUGUCCAACUCUCAGAGAGUAUACUGGAUCACAUACGGACAGACCCUACUUAUCCAUGGGGAUGGCCAAAUGUUCCGACAUAUUCUCAACUUCCUGAGACUUGGAAAACUCUUUUUACCAUCUGAAUUUAAGGAAUGGCCUCUCUUUUGCCAGGAGGUGGAGGAAUACCACAUUCCAUCCCUCUCAGAAGCCCUUGCACAAUGUGAGGCAUACAAGUCAUGGACUCAGGAGAAAGAAUCUGAAAAUGAAGAAGCUUUUCCCAUCAGGAAGCUGCACGUGGUGACAGAAGGACCAGGGUCACUCGUAGAGUUCAGUAGAGAUGCCAAAGAAACCACAGCCUGCAUGCCUAUGGACUUCCAAGACUGCAAUGAAAGGACUCCAUGGAACAAGGCCAAGGGGAAUCUGGCCAGAUCCAGUCAAAUGGAAGAGCCUGAACAGUAUACUCGGACUAUCCAGGUUUCCCUGUGCCGAAAUACCAAGAGGGCAGGCAAUCCCAGUGCAUACUCACACUGCUCUAGCUUAUGUGCUAACCCCAGACACUGGGGAGGCCACUCUGAAAGUCCCCCCAAAAAGAAGUGUACCACAAUCAACCUCACCCAGAAAUCUGAAACUAAAGAUCCCCCUGUCACCCCCAUGCAAAAGCUCAUCUCCCUGGUGAGGGAAUGGGACAUGGUCAAUUGCAAACAGUGGGAAUUCCAGCCAAUGACAGCCUCCCGGAACAACUCCUUGGAGGAGGGUGCCCUGCAUCUCCCCUCGGGAAGUGAGACUGCUUCCCAGUCCAGCACCUCUGCUACUUGGAAAGCCCAUUCCAUAGCGUCAGAGAAGGAUUCAGGUCUACCAGCAGGGGCUGGAGCUGGAGCAAAAGACAAGGGGCCAGAGCCAACCUUUAAGCCAUACUUCCCUACAAAAAGAGCUAUUUCCCUGAAGGACUGGGGCAAGCAGAGACCAAAGGAGAGAGAAGCCAUGGAAAUGAGGCUGAAGGCAGGUCUUGUGGGCCAAGUUCAGGAUGUGGUGCUGUUCUGACCUUGAGGAGCAGACAGCCCCUGAAGAAUUUGGGAGCAUGUGGUCAGGUAGGCAUCUCAGAAACCUUGCUCAGGGGUAAAGGAAGCGCAGCAGCAGGACAGGGUGUGUCAGAAGCAGAAGUUCUUUCUAGGCUGGGUCAAAGAAUGAGCAUACUAGGAGGUGGGCACCUACCAAGGUGGGGAGGACAAGAGAAAGUAGAUCUUGUAGAAGAGCACACAAAUCAUGUGGAAUACCAGGGAACACACAGGUGGAGAAGUCCAGGAGACCAGAGGGCCUAUGGAGACUAGGAUGCAGAGAGUUCCUGUGUGGCUGGUAGUGGGGAGGUGGUCCAGGGAAGUGUGCUGAGAACUGCCAUGCCAGGCUGUUUUCUUUGCUCCUUCAAAAGAUCUUCCUACAGUACUGUCACCUUACCUUCUAGUGACUCAGGCCCUGCUUGGAAGGACCUUGUUGGACUCUAUCUAUGAGCCCUAAUUUGAUCUAUCAAUAUUCAGGCAAACAUCCACUCUUCCAGAGUGGGCACAUGAGAAUCUCACCCAUAAAGGUCUUCUUAUUUUACAGUUUUAUACAUUCCCAGUCCUUCAAUGAUUAUGUUAUUGGCCCUAUUUGAUACUAGUACUACAUCAACAGAAGGAUUUGGAGAGUUCCUUGGAGUUCAGAAAUUCAAAAUUUGGCUUGCAAUGAUGCCAGGGCAGUGAAGAGAAGAAAGGGUGCCAUUUCUAAGAAGCUGGAUGCUUCUGGAAGAGUGGGGUUACUGGUCUGUCACCAGAGGUCCCCUUUCCUUUCUUGGGCU